AUGGAACAAAACAUUGUGCUUCCUGAACUUGGAUCACAGAAUCAUUGCUGGACAAAAUUGGAAACUCUCCGAAUAAACACUUUAUCUCAUGGAUUUCCAUUGUUGGAAUCUCUUUACCUAAAGAACUGCCCUCAACUACUACAAGUCUUCAGUUCGACAGAAGGAAGGGAUGUGAUUGGUGAUCACAUUCUACUUAAUGUGCCCUUUCUGAAAAAUUUAAAAGUGUCAAAUUGUCCCCAAAUCUCAUGCUUCAUUGUACAAGCUCAGCUCAUAGAGGAAUUGGUUCUUAUUAACGUGGGAAAUAGCCGCCAAUUAUGCAACACUGAUGUUCCUGUAUUGAAUGAAGGUUGUAUAGUAGUUGGGAAUCAUGAAGAAGUAUUUCAAGUUCAAGGCGGGUACUCGUUCUCAAGCAUAAAAAGUUUGCAGUUGUGGAAUUUAUUUGAAGUGCGGGUUAUAUGGAACGAUUUUGCUCAAGUUGUAACCCUUGAGAACCUUACAACUCUAAACCUGUUUAAUUGCAAGAAGCUAAGAUAUAUAUUUUCACCUAUGAUGGCUCGCAGUUUAUCACAUUUGGUGGAUCUUUUCAUCGUGAGGUGUGAGGAAAUAGAACGACUCAUUUUAGCCAAGGAUCAAGUUGCUUCAUCAUCAUCCAAUGGUGAUACUAGCCUCCAACCUAUGAGCUUUCCAAAUUUGACUCGAAUCAUUGUUACAGAUUGUAAAAAUUUGAACAGUCUCUUUCCUUUUGGAUUUGUUUUUGUUCUUCCAAAGCUUGAAACUCUCAAAGUUAUAAGGAAUUCUAAAUUGGAACAAGUAUUCGAAUUAGAAGAAAAAGUGGAAGUGGUAGCUGAAGAGGAGAUGAAAUUUGAUAAAUUAGAAAGGUUAUCACUUGAAGAACUACCUGGCCUCAUUCACUUUUGUCCCAAAGGAUAUCAUUCUGUAUUCCCAGAAAUGAUGAAGUUGAAAGUAAGAGAUUGCCCUAAGUUGACUACUGGUUUCUUCAUUGAUUCACAGGAAUUUGUACAUUGCAAAACAAAGGUACCUCGGUUGGUUGAGCAAGAUGCGGUUGAAGAGUCUACCAGUGUCCGAAAUGCAAUUUCCAACGAGAAUAUAGAUUGCAGACGAGGUGGGGGUGGGAGUCAACUACCACACAUUACAUGAAAGAAUGGAUGAUUUUAGGGUAGCUUUCAAAGCCAUGUU